UCCUCCUCUCUUCGUCUCUCAAAUUUCUAGGGUUUUUUUUACCCCCAGAUCCAAUUGAUUAGGUCAAGCUAGGGUUUCCAGAUUCAUGGGUACUGAGAGGAAGAGGAAGGUGAGCUUGUUCGACGUGGUGGACGAGACCACUGCUGCGGCUGCGAAGAUGAACAAAUUGAACGGCGGCGCGGUGAAUCAGAGUCCGAUGAGCAGUUUGAUCAAUAGGUGGACGGGGAAGCCAUACUCCGCGAGGUACUAUGAGAUCCUUGAGAAGAGGAAGACGCUCCCUGUAUGGCAGCAGAAGGAGGAGUUCUUUCAGGCUCUGAAGAGCAGUCAGUCGUUGGUUUUGGUUGGAGAGACCGGUAGUGGUAAAACGACACAGAUUCCUCAAUUUGUUUUGGAAGCUGUUGAUAGGGAGUCUUCUUCUGAUAAAAGUAGGAAGAUGAUUGCAUGCACCCAGCCCCGUAGGGUGGCUGCAAUGUCAGUGUCUCGCCGUGUUGCUGAAGAGAUGGAUGUUACCAUCGGGGAAGAGGUUGGUUACAACAUCCGUUUUGAAGAUUGCAGCAGUGCCAGAACAGUAUUGAAGUAUUUAACAGACGGUAUGCUUUUAAGAGAAGCAAUGACAGAUCCACUAUUAGAGCGAUACAGCGUAAUAAUUCUUGAUGAGGCUCAUGAGAGGACUUUAGCAACAGAUGUUUUGUUUGGACUUCUGAAGGAAGUAUUGAAAAAUAGACCUGAUUUGAAGCUGGUUGUUAUGAGUGCUACACUAGAGGCUGAGAAGUUUCAGGGUUAUUUCAACGGCGCGCCACUAAUGAAGGUUCCUGGUAGGCUUCAUCCAGUUGAAAUAUUUUACACCGAGGAACCUGAGAGGGACUACCUGGAGGCAGCAAUUCGAACUGUUGUACAGAUCCAUAUGUAUGAGACUCCAGGGGAUAUACUUGUUUUUCUAACUGGAGAAGAAGAGAUAGAAGAUGCAUGCCGCAAAAUCAACAAAGAGAUUUCUAACCUGGGUGAUCAGGUUGGUCCUGUGAAAGUGGUGCCCCUGUAUUCAACUCUCCCUCCAGCUAUGCAGCAGAAAAUAUUUGAUGCUGCACCUCCUCCCACAACAGAAGGUGGUCCUGCAGGAAGGAAAAUUGUGGUUUCAACAAACAUUGCAGAAACUUCUCUGACUAUAGACGGAAUCGUGUAUGUUAUUGAUCCAGGAUUUUCUAAACAGAAAGUGUAUAAUCCACGAGUGCGUGUUGAAUCCUUGUUAGUAUCCCCAAUCUCGAAAGCUAGUGCACAUCAGAGGUCAGGGCGUGCUGGAAGAACUAGGCCAGGAAAAUGUUUCAGACUUUAUACGGAGAAAAGUUUCCAUAAUGAUCUUGUACCGCAGACAUAUCCAGAAAUACUGAGAUCAAAUCUAGCAAAUACAGUGCUUACUUUGAAGAAACUAGGAAUAGAUGAUUUGGUUCAUUUUGAUUUCAUGGACCCCCCUGCUCCAGAGACAUUAAUGAGAGCACUUGAGGUUUUGAAUUAUUUGGGUGCAUUGGAUGAUGAAGGUAACUUGACCAAGCUGGGUGAAAUUAUGAGUGAGUUCCCUCUGGAUCCUCAGAUGUCAAAGAUGCUUGUUGUUAGCCCUGAGUUUAACUGCUCAAAUGAGAUCUUGUCGAUUUCUGCCAUGCUCUCAGUACCCAAUUGCUUUGUCCGGCCUAGGGAGGCUCAAAAAGCUGCGGAUGAAGCAAAAGCUAGGUUUGGACACAUUGAUGGAGAUCAUCUCACGUUGCUGAAUGUAUAUCAUGCGUACAAACAGAACAAUGAGGAUCCAUCGUGGUGCUACGAGAACUUUGUCAAUCAGAGGGCAUUGAAAUCAGCCGACAAUGUUAGACAGCAGCUAGUGCGCAUUAUGGCUCGGUUUAAUCUCAAGCUAUGCAGUACUGAUUUUAAGAGUCGGGACUACUACAUCAAUAUCAGGAAGGCUAUGCUAGCUGGGUACUUCAUGCAGGUGGCACAUCUGGAACGCACUGGUCACUACCUUACUGUGAAGGAUAACCAAGUUGUACAUUUGCAUCCAUCAAAUUGCUUGGAUCACAAGCCAGAGUGGGUGAUCUACAACGAGUAUGUUUUAACAAGCAGGAAUUUUAUUCGCACGGUUACUGAUAUCCGUGGUGAAUGGCUAGUUGAUAUAGCACCGCACUACUAUGAUUUGGCGAACUUUCCCCAGUGUGAGGCCAAGCGAGUUCUUGAGAAGCUUUACAGAAAGCGGGAAGACAAGUAGGAUAACAUAAAAUGAAGUGCUUAGCCAUGUUUCUUUGCCUCCUUUUCGUGUAACAAUGGAAGCAUUUAGAGCUGGGCUACAUACUUUACAUGAGCAUUUUCCGUCUUUCAGAAGCUCAAUAGCCGUUAGGCUAAGAAAUGUUUCUGUACCAUCUUCCCUAGUACAUCAGUUUACGUAGUCUGAAUAAUUUCAUUACCCUCACGAGCGAGAUCACGUCCCUCGUAUCAAUCGUCGCUAGCUGUCUCAUUAAUAAACUGGUCCUUGAUUCUAGUAUUUGAUUCUAUCUUGGCCCACUGCUA